AUGGAUCGGUUACAACGCACGCAUUUACCUACAGCUGACAGUGUUCUUGAAAGAGUUUCAAUAGCACUCAGAGAUGUACAGAGAGGCAAACAGAACGGCAACCUUGACGUUUCUGCAGCUCGCACCCAGAUCGCCAGUCUUCUUACAAACUUGCAGAGACUUGAGAAUGACCACACCGUCCCAGAGGAUUUACUGAAGAGCACCAUCCAGUCAGUAGUGUUAGUCAGAGAUAGUCUCCCUGAUUUGACUCAACAUGCUCAACACAGCAGUCAUUCAGUUGAUCGUUAUGUCCCAGCCAAACUCACAGGACCUCAGGACAUGACUGGUAAAAAAAUUGGAGGUCCAUAUCGAAAUCAGACCAACGUCACGGAUGAUGACUCACUUCCGGUGUCAUUUCCGGCGUCCUGUAACGAGUCAAUUGUGGGCGAGAUCCGGCACUAUCUGACGCCGCUCGUAGAGUCCCACUUCCUGUUGGCGCUCAUCUACUGCAUCCUCGUCGUCGCUGCUCUCUGCGUCGGCUCUAUCGGCAACAUCAUCAUCCUGGCAGUGAGCACGACGACGCGCGCCAUGAACCGCGUCGGCCGGGACUUCGUCAUUAACCUGGCGCUGGCCGACCUUUGUGUGGCGCUGAUUUCCGACCCCAUGUGCAUCCUCGGUGAGUUGACGUUUAUAUUGUCCCUGUCCGUAUCACUCCCUGCAGGCGUGCUGAAGGGCGAGCGAUGGUUCCAGAGCCGCUGGUUGCUAUGCGAGGUGGUCGCCUCCAUGUGCCUCACAGCCUGCUUCUGCGCUUUCUUCAGCCUCACCCUCCUCACGUUAAACCGAUACGUGUUCGUCUGCAAGAACGUCUGGUACGACACAAUCUUCAAGAGGCCUGUGUGCAUCUUGAUGUGCGCAUGCGCGUGGGUGCUGGCCUUCCUGUUUGAAUUCCCGAACUUUGUCGGCUGGGGAGACCACUACUUUGACCAAAAGAGCCAGCAGUGUAUCUGGGACCGCACGGCCAGCUUCUCGUACACGCUUGUGGUGGCGGCAGGACUUAUCGGCUCCCCGCUGCUGUUGAUGGGCGUCUGCUUCGUGCUGAUCUUCUACAAGAUCUACCAAAGCAAGAUGGACGUCUACUCUCUGAAUGUUGACGAUCCCCUCAGGUAUAAAAUGGAAAGAUCUGUUCUGGUGAUCGUGUAA